GUCUUCUCGAGUUGUUGCUGUCGUGUCGUUUCCAUGGAUACCAUAAACUUACCACGGUGUCGGGUUGCUUUACACACCAACAAAGCGUCGCUAGUUAAAUCCACAAAUCACGAAAGUAAUAGCCAGUUGUUCAACAUUUAGUCGGGGGUGAGGAAGUCGUAAAGGGGGGAAAAACCCUUAAAAACCAGCAAUGUCUUGGAACUGGAACAAUUACGGAUUGCCAUUUUUACCAGGAUACUCGUUUCGGGAUGUAACGAAGUCAGCCUUCCAUUGUCCACAGACACUCUCAUACAAGAAUGGCUAUGCUCUGCCGCGUCGCCCCACUGUUGGCAUUGGACAGGAGCCUCUUUUGUCAGAGAUGCUGAUCCAGCAGCAGCUCAGUCAGUUGACAUGUGAGAUGCCAGAUAUUACCCACGACUCCUGUGACAAGAGCCCAUCUGAGGACUUCAUCCCAGCUCAUGUGGCCCUUGACAAGAAGGUGCUGCGAUUCUAUGCAUACUUUGAGGAGGAUAUCCUGUUUUCUCCUGAAGAGGUGAACCGUGUGCGUCCAGUGAUAAUUUACUACUACCUUGAAGAUGACAGCAUGUGCAUCAUUGAGCCUAUGGUGGAGAACUCGGGGAUACCACAGGGGAAACGGAUCAAACGGCAGCGUCUGCCCAAGAAUGAACGUGGAGAGCAUUACCAGUGGAAAGACCUCAACCUUGGCAUGGACAUGGAGGUGUAUGGGGUCAAGUACCACAUCACAGACUGUGAUGCUUUUACCAAGGAAUUCAUGGAAAGUGAGGGCAUAGUUCUGAAUGACCCUGAGCCGAUGCCAGUGGAUUCUUACAGCGAACGUCGCAAGAAACCACAGCCUUGCUACACAACACCCUCUGAAUUCGACCACUUGCACCAGUUUCUUACUAUGGACCGCAAGGUGCUCCGUUUCUUUGCCUUGUGGGAUGACACCGACUCCUUGUACGGGGAGACCAAGCCUGUUACCAUCCAGUAUUACCUGGUGGACGACACAGUGGAGGUCAGAGAAGUCUACGGACCCAACAGUGGCCGAGAUCCUUUCCCUGUCCUGAUGCGCAGACAGAGGCUUCCCAAGAAAAUCAAAUCAGAGAACUUCCCCACCUGUGUGCUAGAGGUCUCGAAAGAUGAAGUGGAUGAAUACUACUCACCCAAAGACUUCCAGCUGGGUCAAACCAUUACGCUGCUGGGUCGUCGCUUCCUGCUGCAUGACUGUGAUGCCUUCACCAAAGAGUAUUUCCAGAGGAAUCACCCAGACAUGGACUUGAAACCCAUUGAGGUACCAAAGAAGGUCGACAUGUUUCAGGGCAGGAAGAAGGAGAUUCCUCCCUACAAUGGUUUUGGUUCACUUGAAGACUCUCUCCAGAAUUGUUUGUCUCUAAUUCCCGAACCUCCCAAGAAGAAUUUAUUAAAGAUCCUGGAAAACGACCACAAAGUUUUGCGCUACAGCGCCACACUGGAUUCUCAGAAUCCCCAAGAUGAAGGCCGACGUUUUAUACUGUCCUACUUCCUGUCCAAUGAUAUGAUCAGUAUUUUUGAAAAGCCCACUCGCAACUCUGGUAUAAUCGGUGGCAAGUUCCUGGAAAAGACACGUGUCCCCAAGCCGAACUCUACGCUGGAAAAUCCUGAGUUCUACUCACCUGCAGACUUUGCUAUUGGAGCCGUUGUGGAAGUUUUCAGCCACCGCUUUAUUUUGACUGAUGCUGACCAGUACGUCCUUACAUACCUGGAGUCCAUCUCAAGUCAGAUCCCUUCUCAGACGCUGGAUUCUUUGCGUCAGAAGCUCAGUGUGGAAACAAAUAACCAGCCACGUAACCAAAAAGUGCAAUCAGAAAUAACACCCUCCUCUUGAAUUGUCUGCAGGUGGGUGCCACUGCUUAUGAACAGAGAAUAUACAGUAGUUUAUGCCCAUAUCUCUUUCUUUAUCAGGUGAUGAAGUAUCAGAGCAGCCUUUGUGUCAGGGAAGGCUCUUUCCACUCUUACUUCUAAUAGUUUUAGCAUUUUGUU